GACUUCGAGACUUAAGCAGGUACACGCUGAACCUGAGAAUUAAAUGGAUAUAGACUGGCAGUCCUGGAUGGGAUAGGAUAUGCCUGCAGUACGAUAUGCCUGGAAUGUUCCGCUAUUCCUUCUUGUUACAAGAUGAAGAACGGGAACGUGAGAAAUCCUGGGUAGAAAGAACUUUCACCAAGCGGGAAUGUGUGUACAUACUUCCAGUGUCAAAAGACCCUCACAGGUGCCUUCCAGGAUGUCAGAUCUGCCAGCAGUUGGUGCGGUGCUGCUGUGGGCGGCUGGUCCGGCAGCAUGCCGGCUUCACUGCCAGCCUGGCCACCAAGUACUCGGACGUGAAGGUGGGAGAGAGCUCCAUGCCCGAGCUGGAGCAGUGGUCAGUGGAGAAACACACGGAGGAAUCCCCUACUGAUGCCUACGGUGUCAUCAACUUCCAGGGGGGGGCCCACUCAUACAGAGCCAAGUACCUCCGGCUGUCCUACGACUCCAAACCCGAGAUGAUCCUACGCCUCAUGCUGAAAGAGUGGCAGAUGGAGCUUCCAAAAAUCGUCAUCUCCGUCCACGGUGGCCUGCAGAACUUCGAGCUGCACCCGCGUAUCAAGCAGGUGGUGGGGAAGGGGCUGAUCAAGGCGGCCGUCACCACCGGUGCCUGGAUCCUGACCGGGGGCGUAAACACAGGUGUAGCGAAACACGUGGGAGAUGCCCUCAAAGAGCACUCAUCCAGGUCCGCACGAAAAAUUUGCACUAUUGGGAUAGCUCCAUGGGGAGUUAUUGAAAACCGGAACGACCUCAUCGGGAAAGAUGUGGUCGCUGCGUACCAAACGCUGCUGAACCCCCUGAGCAAGCUGAACGUCCUCAACAACCUGCACUCGCAUUUCGUCCUGGUGGACGACGGCACGGUGGGCAAAUACGGCGCCGAGGUCAAGCUGAGGCGGGAGCUGGAGAAGCACAUCAACCUGCAGAAGAUACACGCCAGGAUCGGUCAGGGCGUGCCGGUGGUGGCCCUGAUCUUCGAGGGCGGACCCAACGUCAUCUUGACGGUGCUGGAGUACCUGCAGGAGAGCCCGCCUGUGCCCGUGGUGGUGUGCGAGGGCACAGGCCGCGCCGCAGACAUCCUGGCCUACGUCCACAAGCAGACAGAGGAAGGCGGGCGCCUGCCUGAAGGGGUUGAAACAGAAAUUAUUGCAACUAUAAAGAAGACCUUCAACUUUGGGCAAUGUGAUGCGAUCCACCUCUUCCAGAAGCUAAUGGAAUGCAUGAAGAGCAAAGAUCUGAUAACCGUCUUUCACAUCGGAUCUGAGGAUCACCAGGACAUCGACGUCGCCAUCCUGACAGCCUUGCUGAAAGGUACCAACACCUCUGCUUUUCACCAGCUUGUCCUCACCCUGGCCUGGGACCGGGUGGACAUUGCCAAAAACCAUGUGUUUGUAUAUGGGCAGCAGUUACUGGUAGGUAAACAGAAGCAAAGGGUCCUGGUAACACCCUGGAUAAGGCCUCCUGCCAAACGAGGACGGCAUUCAUCCAGCAACGCGUCACAGCUGCGAAAGAACCACGAGGCCUUCAGUAUCCAGGCAGACAAGAAGGAGAAGACCCGUCACAAUCACUUCAUCAAAACCGCACAACCCUACAAACCCAAGCCAGAGUCUGCGACAGAACAGUCAAAGAAGAAGACCCGCGAGGAGAUUGUGGACAUCGAUGACCCAGAGAUGCGGCGCUUCCCCUAUCCCUUCAACGAGCUCCUUGUGUGGGCCGUACUCAUGAAGCGGCAGAAGAUGUCGCUCUUCUUCUGGCAGCACGGCGAGGAGUCCAUGGCGAAGGCUCUGGUGGCCUGCAAGCUAUGCCGCUCCUUGAGUUACGAGGCCAAGAAGAGCGACGUGGUGGACGACACUUCCGAGGAGCUCAAGGAAUACUCGAAUGAAUUUGGCACGCUGGCAGUGGACCUGCUGGAGCAGUCCUUCAGGCAGGACGAGACGAUGGCCAUGAAACUGCUGACCUACGAGCUGAAGAACUGGAGUAACUCGACCUGUCUGAAGCUGGCGGUGUCCUCCAGGUUAAGGCCCUUUGUGGCCCACACCUGUACUCAGAUGCUGCUGUCUGAUAUGUGGAUGGGCCGGCUGAACAUGCGGAAGAAUUCCUGGUACAAGGUGAUCUUGAGCAUUUUGGUUCCACCAGCCAUCCUCUUGCUGGAGUACAAAACCAAGGCAGAGAUGUCCCACAUCCCUCAGUCGCAGGAUGCCCACCAGAUGACCAUGGAGGACAGUGAACACAACUUCCAGAAUGUGGCUGACGACAUCCAAAUGGACGUUUUCAAGGAAGCCAGAUUCAACGACAACGUGGAAGUGAAGAGCGAGCCGGAGGUGCACGUGCGCCCCCGCAGGCUGCCCAUCACCAGAAAGUUCUACGCGUUCUACCACGCCCCCAUUGUGAAGUUCUGGUUUAACGCGCUGGCGUUCCUGGGCUUCCUGAUGCUAUACUCUUACGUGGUUCUGGUCCAGAUGCCAGCAUGGCCCUCGCCACAGGAGUGGAUUGUCAUCGGCUACAUAUUCACCUUGGGUGUGGAGAAGAUCCGUGAGAUGUUUAUGUCAGAAGCUGGAAAAAUAAGUCAAAAGAUUAAAGUGUGGUUCAGUGAAUAUUUUAACAUAUCCGACACCCUCGCUAUCGUCACAUUCUUCGUGGGGUUCGGAUUGAGGUUUGGAUCAGAUGAAACCUUCACGACGGGAAGGCUUGUCUAUUGCCUGAAUAUCAUUUUUUGGUAUGUGAGGCUCCUCGAUAUCCUGACUGUUAACCAGCAAGCUGGACCCUAUGUCAUGAUGAUUGGUAAAAUGGUUGCCAAUAUGUUUUACAUAGUUGUCAUCAUGGCAGUGGUCCUCCUUAGCUAUGGCGUUCCUCGAAAGGCCAUCUUGUACCCAAAUGAAAAUGCAUCAUGGACCCUGGCUAAGGACAUCGUCUUCCAGCCUUACUGGAUGAUGUAUGGUGAAGUGUAUGCUUAUGAAAUUGAUGUCUGUGCGAACAACUCUGAGAUGCAUCAUCUGUGUGCGCCAGGGGUGUGGCUGACACAACUCCUGCAAGCUGUCUACCUCUUUGUUCAAUAUAUUCUCAUGGUGAACCUUCUCAUUGCUUUCUUCAACAAUGUGUACUUCCAAAUGAAAUCCAUGUCCAACCUGGUGUGGAAGUACCAGCGUUACCAUUUUGUCUUGGCGUACCACGAGAGGCCGGUGCUCCCCCCGCCGCUCAUCUUACUCAGUCACCUGGCUGCUCUCUUCUCCUGCAUCUGCAGGAAGCGCAAGAAGGACAGUAGGACCUAUGGACCAAAACUUUUUCUAACGGAAGAAGAUCAAAAGAAGCUGCACGACUUUGAAGAGCAGUGUGUGGAGAUGUACUUCCAAGAAAAGGAUGACCAGUUUCACUCCAAGAGUGAGGAACGGAUCCGGGUGACCUCGGAUAGGGUUGAAACCAUGUGCAUUCAGCUGAAGGAGGUUGGCAACAGGGUGAACUUUAUAAAACGCUCCCUUCACACACUAGACUCUCAGAUUGGCCACCUGCAAGACCUGUCUGCCCUGACAGUGGACACGUUGAAGGCUCUGACCGCCCAGAGGGCCUCAGAGGUCAGCAAAGUCCACAAUGAGAUCAGCCGGGAGCUCAGCGUGUCCAAGAACCUCGGGCCCAACCUGGUGGACGUGGGAACGCAGCCAAAGUCCUUUGCUUGCAUGAAGCACAGCAUAGGGGCAUACCUCGGGUCAUCGUUCGUGCAGGGCGGUGGCAAAAUUCCUGAUUCCCUGUUCAGUUGCGGAGUUCGGGAAAUGGCUGAGCGGGGUUCGGGGCCUGACCUCCACCCGAGGAACACGGACUGCCUGGAGGAUGGUUCCUCGCAAAGUGUCUUAGGCCAGAGUGGGACGUCUCACCCUGACCUGCAGCCGGGGGGGCACUCCGUCGAUGGGGACAGGCUGGCCCUUCCCGAAGAGCCCGGGGGUGUCCCCCCAUCCCAUAGCCUACCUGACGUCCCCUCCCCAACCGCACGAUUUUUUGUCAGCACUCCAUCUCAGCCGGAUGGCCCUGGCGGCGAUUCCCCAGAUGAGGGGCUCCUGGACAUCCCACCCGGUAGCCCUACCGUCGAAUUUGGGGCGUUUGUUGGUAAGUGUCCGAACAGGAAGUGCUUGUUCCCCAGCAUUGUUAUCGUUACGACUGCCCCCGAUGCUGCUGCUCCUCCUCCUCCUCCUCCCCCUCCCCCUCGGGAGCUGCGUGCUAAGGGGGGGGGGUACGUGAACGAGGCAUUCUGCAAUGAUGAGGCCGCCACCCAUGGGGGCCCUGCAUCCCGGGGGGAGAGGAGCAGCCCCUUACCGGGCUGUGAACUGGCCCCGGCCGUCCGGCCCAAGAAGAGCCUCCAGGACAGAGGGAGACCCGCUGAGAACACAAAGCAUAGCCACUGCGCUAAAGGAAUUCUACAGAAGCUCCGGUCCUCGGCCAGAGCGAGAGGUCACAAAGAUAACGUGGAGCCACAGAGAUCAUUCUCCAAAGAUGUCAUUGCUGGGAAUAGGCAACUCAGUCCAUGCAAGAGGAUCAAUGAAAUGGGUCAACUAGAAGGUCAGAUGAGGACCGUGAAUUCAUAUGCUGGAUUCACAGAGUUUGAUAGGAGUCCUGAAUCUCUCCGUCCUGAAAUGGGUUCAGCACAGAACAGGAAGGAAUACAGUCGAGUUUCCGCUGAAGAUAUCUUCCACGAGGACUUGAGCGCCUCCUCAGUGUUGGAGCAGGUGCAAGGCAAAUCUGGCCAAGCCAGCAGUCUAGCUCCUGCAGAGGACCCCCUGAAUGCCCCAGCAGGCCUCUAUGCGUCAAGACACACACAUCUGGCAGGCAGGAAGGACUCCAUUGGUUCCCCCUUCAAGCCUAUGGACACAAGUUACCAAUAUUCAGCUGUGGAGCGCAACAACCUGAUGAGAUUGUCUCAGAGCAUUCCAUUCACCCCUGUGCCCCCAAGAGGAGAGCCCAUCACAGUAUACCGGCUGGAGGAGAGCUCCCCAAACACCAUCAACAACAGCAUGUCCUCUUGGUCCCAGAGGGGACUGUGUGCAAAGAUAGAGUUCCUCAGCAAGGAAGAGAUGGGUGGUGGCCUGCGGAGGGCGCUCAAGGUGCUCUGCACUUGGUCUGAGUAUGACAUCCUCAAACCAGGCCACCUGUACAUCGUCAAGUCUUUCCUGCCAGAGGUGGUCAACACCUGGCAGACGGUCUACAAGGAAGACACUGUGCUGCACCUGUGUCUCAGGGAAAUUCAGCAGCAGAGAGCUGCUCAGAAACUGACUUUUGCCUUCAACCAAAUGAAGCCGAAGACUAUUCCUUAUUCUCCCAGGUUCCUUGAAGUGUUUCUGUUGUACUGUCAUUCUGCUGGUCAGUGGUUUGCCAUCGAAGAGUGCAUCACUGGGGAAUUCAGGAAGUUCAACAACAACAACGGGGACGAGAUCGUCCCCACAAAUUUGCUGGAAGAAACCAUGCUAGCCUUUAGCCACUGGACGUACGAGUACACCAGAGGAGAGCUGCUGGUUCUGGAUUUACAAGGUGUUGGGGAGAUACUGACUGAUCCAUCUGUGAUAAAAAGUGGUGAAAAGGGGUCAUAUGACAUGGUGUUUGGACCUGCAAAUCUGGGAGAUGAUGCAAUAAGAAAUUUCAGAGCAAAACAUCACUGUAAUUCCUGCUGCAGAAAACUGAAACUUCCUGAUCUAAAGCGGAACGACUACACGCCUGACAAAGCAGCACUGAGUGCGGACGAGACACCGGACGGUUCGGCUCCGCUGGGAAGCGGCACCAAAGAGCAGAAGCACUCCAUGCGGCUGAUGCUGUGAGGCCGUCUGCGCGGAACGCAAACGCACACGGUCACAGCAUCACGCUUCCGCCUGCUUGCUUCAGUACGCAGAUGCAGACGGUGCAAAAAGUACACUUAAGUCAGUCAGCCGGACCUCCAAACAGGCAAAGGUAUUCAUUCCAAUAAACACCUGUAUGUAUACAUUUUCUGCCUGUGUUUUGGCAGAAAAUAACAAACGAGCAAACGUGAUAGCUAUGAAGAUUUUUAAAUAUGUACCUGGGGGGGCAACUUUGAAGACCUUUUUUUCAAGUUUAUAUAUUGCUAUUAGCAUAUGAAGGGGCUAACAACUGGUACAAUCUCAUUGUAUAGAUGGUUAUAGUAUUUAUUAUGAAUUAUGAGACGUUGCCUUGUAUAAAACAAAAGCAAUUUAAAGUGCUUUGCCAGGUUUCAAAGAGAACCUGUCUACAUUUAGACUGCAAGAAUUUGUCGGGCAGAAUGUACUGCUGAUUUUUAAAAAUAAAUGUAAAAACCAAUGUAAAAAAAAAUGUAGUAAUAACUCUAUGGCAUUUGUGGUACAUACUAUUAAUAAAGUGGAUUUCAAAUCUUGUAAAAUAAGGGCAGAUUGCAAUGCAACUUUUACAGUACAAUGUAUGUAAUUUUAAUGUGUUGAAGUCUAUAUGAAACUGUGUCCACCAAAAAAAAAAAGAUAAAAUGUUAAUAGGUGCAUUUUUAAUGUUACAAAGGUACUAUUAUCACUUCUGUCAUUCAAGUGUUGUACGAACAAAUUAAUCUAGUGUAUCUUAUAGAUACAUUUAUUUGGCACGAACAUAAUGGAUUAAAGGUAGAAUAUUUUAUGCAGGGGAAAUGUGAACCGUAUUAUGGGGAUAAUACUGUAUUCCUUUUGUACUGUAUAUCAUUUAAUAAAAUAUAAAAUGCUUAA